GCGCGUGGGUCGCGCGCGCCCGGGCGCGGACGCGGCGGACGACGACGGGGUGCGCCCGUGCACGGGCGGGGCCAGGGAGGAUUUCGAGCGCGCGUUCGGGGCGGAGUACCCGGGCGAGGGACUCGGAACGCAAGGCGACGCGGUGACCAAAGGCGUCGGCGUCGCGGAGAAACAAUCGAGCGGGCUGACGCUGGACAUGGAUUAUCUCUCCGAGCUCAUAGCGAUUCAGGACGAUUGCCCGAAGGAGAUCGGGUUCUUCGGGACGAGGAACAUGGGGUUCAUGCAUCAACAAUUGAUUGAAAUCUUGGCCUACGCGCUGUGCCUGACGGGGAAUCACAUCUACACCUCCGGGGCGACGGGUACGAACGCGGCGGUGAUCCGAGGCGCGCUUCGCGCGGAACAGCCGGAACUCCUCACGGUGGUGCUGCCGCAGAGCUUGGCGAAACAACCGCGUGAGUCGAGGGAGCUCUUGGAGGGGGUGAGGCAGAUCGUCGAGGUUCCCGAAAACGACGACAUGCCGCUCGUCGAAGCGUCGAGGGUGUGCAACGACACCAUCGUGAGCAAGGUGAAACAGAUCAUCGUCUUUGCGUUUCACGAUUCGCGGCUCCUCUUGGAGACGUGCAGAAACGCGAAGUCGAUGCGCAAGCUCGUCACCCUCUUUUAUUUGGACUAG